AUGGAGAUGGGAACGGUUGCGUGGACAAUCCAGGAGUACGCCUUCACGUUGGUGGCCAUGGCCGUGGGGUUCCUAGUGGUCGCGUACCUCUACGAGCCCUACUGGAAGGUGCGGCACGUCCCGGGGCCAUUGAUGCUACCGCUCAUCGGCCACCUCCACCUUCUUGCAAUGUACGGCCCAGAUGUCUUCUCUGUGCUCGCGAGAAGGCACGGCCCGAUCUUCAGGUUUCACAUGGGGAGGCAGCCGCUGAUCAUUGUCGCCGAUGCUGAGCUAUGCAAAGAAGUUGGCAUCAAGAAGUUCAAGAGCAUGCCUAACAGGAGCAUGCCUUCGCCUAUCACCAACUCCCCGAUCCAUCAGAAAGGCCUCUUCUUCACACGGGAUUCGAGGUGGUCCGCGAUGCGAAACAUCAUCAUCUCCAUCUACCAGCCAUCCCACCUGGCCAGCCUCAUCCCUACCAUGGAGUCCUACAUCGAACGCGCUGCCGGGAACCUGAGUGGUGGCGAGGAGGUUGUUUUCUCCAAGCUCGCCCUGAGCCUCUUCACCGACGUCAUCGGACAGGCGGCGUUUGGAGCGGACUUUGCUCUGUCAGGAAAGCCGCUGUCGCCCGACGACAAGGGUGGCGUGGCGCCCAAAGUGUCGAAAGAGUUCGUCAACAUGCACCUCCACGCGACCACAUCGCUCAAGAUGGACAUGUCGGGGUCACUCUCCAUUAUCGUUGGCCAGCUGGUUCCGUUCCUGCAUCAACCGUUCCAGCAAGUGCUCAAGAGGAUACCUGGCGCGGCCGAUCGGGAGAUCCAUCACGUGAACCAAGAGCUUAGUAGACAGAUGGAUGUCAUCGUCCACGACUUGGUGGCGGCCAGGAAGCAAGAUCCGGCAUCGCAGCAGCACAAGGACUUCCUCUCCGUGGUGCUCGCGGCGAGGGAACGGGGCGGCGCGGCUGUAGAGGAGCUGCUAACGCCGGACUACAUGAGCGCACUCACGUACGAGCACCUCCUUGCUGGGUCAGCGACGACAUCCUUCACGCUGUCCUCGGUGGUCUACCUCGUCGCCAAGCACCCGGAGGUGGAGGAGAAGCUGCUGGCGGAGAUAGACGCGUUCAGCCCAGGCGAUGGCGUACCUACGGCAGACGAUCUGACGACGAGGUUCCCUUACCUCGAUCAGGUGAUCAAGGAAUCAAUGAGGUUCUACAUGGUGUCGCCAUUGGUGGCGAGAGAAGCCUCGGAGAGGGUGGAGAUUGCUGGAUAUGUCCUUCCCAAGGGCACGUGGGUGUGGCUAGCGUUAGGUGUUCUCGCCAAGGACCCCAUCAACUUCCCGACGCCGGAGCAGUUCCGGCCAGAGCGAUUCGAUCCUGAUGGCGACGAGGAGAAACGACGUCAUCCGUACGCGUUCAUCCCCUUCGGUAUAGGACCCAGGGCCUGUAUCGGUCAGAAGUUCUCCAUCCAAGAAAUCAAGCUCGCCAUGAUACAUCUGUACCGUCACUACGUGUUUCGUCACUCUCCUGCAAUGGAGUCACCUCUGGAGUUUCAGUAUGGGAUCGUGGUCAACUUCAAACAUGGAGUCAGGCUGCAGGUCAUCAAGAGGCAGAAGAACUAG